AUGAAACCCAAGGGUAUCUGCUUCUUGGCCUAUGUCCUGUUCUUCUGUGUGGUCUCAGCAAAAAGCCGAGUGCCCACCAGAGCUACCAAGGACAUCGGGAAGAACAUUACUAAACCAGCAGACCCCAGUGAGGUGAAGGCCACUAAAGGUCUAGGUCACAAGAAGCCCAAACAAUCCGGCAGCCAAAAAGUCACAGAAGCACCAAGAGCCAGAAAGUCAAGACCCCAAGUGGAGGCCCAGAUCCCUGGGGCCUUGGCACCUUCACCUCCUUCCAUCUUGAUCCAGGUGAUGGGGAAGGGACAAUUCCAGAAGGUGGGUGACUCCCUGAGCCUGCGAGCAGGAAAUGCCCUGGAACUUCGAUGCCGGGGAAAGUCUGUCCGCUGGAGGUUCCCAGUUUAUUUGGAAGAAGAAGGAGAGGGGAGGCUCAGAAUCAAGCACUUUGCCCAAUAUAGCCAGCUACUGGUGAUGAAUUCUACCAUUGCGGACACAGGAGAAUACAGCUGCUGGUCCCGGCACUGCCAGGAUAAUGAAUGUCGGGACACUGAGGACCACACCGGGAAAACCUUUGUCUUCUUUACAGAUACACAGGAGCUCUUCGUCCCUACUGAAGACUACUAUGAAGUGGUACAGCUUCGGACCAACCAGCCAACUCUGCUGCCCUGCCAAGUGACCAGCCCCGAGGCCCAGGUUACACUGCACAGGGAGUUCCCCCCUGAGGAGGUUUCUGUGGAUGGAGUGGAUAUCUCCUUUGAUGCGAAGAAGGGCUUCACUAUACAUAGGCCCGGAGCCUCAUUUGCUGGCUCCCUCUUCUGCAUGGCCAGCCUGGGGGGCAUUCAGCAGAUCUCUACCAAGUACAUACUGAUCUAUAUCAACUAUCCAUCCUCCUCUCCCAAACCCACCAUCAAAGCCUCAGCAGCUUCUGUUUCCUUGGGAGAAAAUUUCAAUGUGACUUGCACUGCUCUGGGAGAACCUGAGAUCACUGUGGACUUCACUUGGGAGUAUCCAGGGCAGCUGGUGGGUCGGCCACCCUAUGUCAGUGAAUGCUCUACUGUGGUGCGCAGAGCUGGCCGGGUACAGCAAGAAUGGGAGAGUGUCUUCUACGUAGAGGAGGCCCGGGCCAAGGAUCAAGGCCUCUAUACCUGCCGAGCCACAAACCUGCAGGGUACCUCGACAGCCAGCACCCGAAUUCGAGUUCUCCAGCCCUCACGGAUCCUGGUUUCAACAGACAAGGCUGGCGACCAUUAA